AUGAAGCUUUGGUCCGAGAAACCAGAGUUGCAGCCUGGAGUCAAAUUGACGUGCCCCAACAUUGAUCCUUCCAUUCUGAGAGUGUCACAAUAUGAAGAGUGGCAUCGGACGUACAUAACUUUUGACUGGAUGCCAACGGAAAUGGCCAAGCAGGCGAGGGGGGGCGCCGAUGUCCAUGAACCGUUCCCAGCUCCGUCACACUUUCUCCUCAUCCUCGCGACCCGCUGCUCGGCCUCGACAACCAAUCCUCAUUCGACCUCAACUUGUCGGAUACCUACUAAUGUUAUGAACUGGUUGGAAAAGCCAGUCUCUGGCCUGCUAGGGCGAAUCAAAGAACGUGUCGAAAAGAUAGUUGCAGAUGUGCCCGAGACUGAUCAGUCUCCACAACGUCUAGACUUCCGGAACGAUGCCGAGCUAUUAGUGGCCGAUAUCAAGAUAUUACAGCUGUGGGACUAUCUUCCGGAAGAAUCAGAAAAUCCACGUGGUUCCGGUUCAUUCGAUAACCGCCAAGCUUUGGAGGAAUGGGAGAUAUUAGCAGUGAAUUUGGGCCAACAAGAUCGUUCGAACGAGAUUGACUUCAGCAGGUGUUCAGUAAUUUGUCAAACAACAAUGGGAGGCGACAUUCCUUUCGAGACGACAACACCAUCUGAGCGCAGGACAUUUCUAACCGAGCCUUCAACGCGUCUUCAUUUGAACGGUUUCUGUAUGAAGAACACAGAUGCAGCCGGUCGAUUCUCUCUUUUCCUCUCAUCCAACUCGGAACUGAAUUCAGGAUGGAAUGAAGCUUCUUACGACACAGUCAUGUACGAUACCGAUGUAGAAGCCUCUGCACACCAAGAUUACCUCUGCAGGCUUCUAAGUCUCUGUGAAGAGUCCAAAAAGCCUCUGUAUAUCAAUAUCCAGCAAGCUCGCGAUAGGAGACACGUCGUUCUUGUGACUGAGAAGAAGUCGAAUCGGACGCCUCACACCCCAACACAAUGUCUCGGUAACCUUCUUGACCAAGGUUGGUUCGGCAGCCGUGACCAGCUCCCCAUGGACAACGGCAUACUUCCUGCAGAAAAGGCAGCACUCUCCCUGAAUCUCGCACUAGCUUUAGUUCAUCUUUCACCGGACGCGUGGGUCCGAAAUGAGUGGAGCCUCGACAACAUCUUUCUGUCUUGGAGCCCCGGAGCACCGGAUGGCUCAAAUCCCCCGACUAUAGAUGUAGAGAGACCAUAUCUGUCCAUUCGACUAGAGAACGAAAAGGAAACGUCCUCUCCAGACAAGACAUCCAAGACAGGCACUGUUGAAACACUAAUGCUGUCAUUCGCCCAAAUUCUCAUGGAAAUUUCAACUGGAAAGAGACUGUCGAGAGGUCCUCAGCCAGUCUCUGUAAAACGCAGUUGUCUAGAAAGUUGGGUCAGAAGUCGUGAUUAUGAAUACAGCCUUUGCGGAUCUGUGAAACAAGCCGUAAGAUCAUGUUUGGCAGCGGCUGAUUCUGAGGAAAUGGCGGAGAUGACGACCAAUGAGUGGAUCUAUCACAAAGUUAUCUCGCUAUUGGAGAGAAACUGGCAACAAUACGAAAUAUCCGACUCACCAGAAUGCCGAGAAUGGAACUUGAACUUUCUCACCAGAGCGACAUCACAGGGACCAAGCCGCAGCGAAGGCGUGGUCAAUGAGACGACCCCCUUGAGUUUAGAAAACUUCCACGGCAGUGUUUCUGGAAGAAAGAUGAAUGACGUUUAUUCCAUUUUAGGUUCUCGUAAACAGUCUACCCAGACUCGAGUAGCAGUACUGGAUACCGGUAUUACUCAGGAAGAGGCAAAGCAUUUCGGAAUUCAAGCCCACUCAUAUCGCGACUUCACUAGAACUGAGCAAGUACAGAUGAGAGAUAUUACGGGACAUGGCUCGAACGAGCAAGUGCAGAUGACAGAUAUUACGGGGCAUGGCUCGAACAUUGUGAAGCUAAUUUACCGAAUGUGUGACUCCACUGAUGUUCUUGUGGCUCGAGUCUGGGAAAAAAACAACGAAACCGGUGGUACUGCAAAGGCAGUAGUCGAUGCAGUGAACUGGGCAGUUGAGCAGAAGGCGGAGGUCAUUUGUAUGGCCUUUGGGUUCACGACAAGAGUCCCCGAUCUUCGGAAAGCCUUGCAAGAUGCUAUUAACAAGGGCAUCCAUGUGUUUGCUGCAGCUUCUAAUCCCGGAAACAUUGCACAAAUCACGUACCCAGCCGCUUGGGGUGGGGACAUAUUUUGUACUUUUUCAACGAAUGGCAACAUCAAGAACUCUCAUGAUCUCAAUCCAACAAGCCGCCAUGAGAACAACUUUGCCAUACUAGGCGAGAAUGUGGAGCUUUCCGAUAACACAAGACAACCCAGAACGGUGUCCGGCACGUCUUACUCGACUGCGCUUGCCUGCGGCUUAGUAUCUCUCUUGCUGAACUUCUCAAAGCAAGUUAGAGACCCCGAAGGCAAAAGGGAGCAAAUUGCGGAUGUUUUGAAGUACAGGAGUCAUUUGACCCAAGUACUUGGUAUGAUUUCAGAACCCGAUGGGUGUUAUCGGUGUAUCGUCCCGUGGAAGUUGUUGCCAGGGAACCUACAACGACAGCUUCCCUUGAAGGAAGGGUUUGGCUUCGACGAAAGUACAAGGGAUAAGAUAAGAAUCACGGUGCGCGACAAAUUGAUCGAGACGCUUGACUUGGCUGAUGAGAUUUGGCGUUACUGA